AAACUCCUCUUGUUGACUUGGAGGGCCUGGAAUCGAAAUUGACGAGCAUUCAUCUCUCAUCCUUUCGUGUUUUUCAUCUGAAAUUCUUCCAUGGCGAUAUCUCAAGCUCACCUUCUGCUUCUUCUCCUCGUAUCUCUCUUCUUCUUGCCUUCUCUUCCCGCCACUUCUGUCAGCUACUGCGACAAGAAAGGCAAAUACCCUGUCCAGGUCAAUGGCGUCAAGAUCUCGCCCGAUCCCGUCUUGAGUGGUCAGCCUGCCACCUUUAAGAUAUUGGGUUCUUCAAGCGAAGACAUCUCCGGAGGGGAAGUAGAAAUCAGUGUUUCCUACUUUGGGAUUCAUGUUCAUACGGAAACUCACGAUCUCUGCGAAGAGACAUCCUGCCCUGUCUCAACAGGCAGCUUUGUGCUUUCUCACACCCAAACAUUGCCUUCUUUUACACCGCCUGGAUCAUACACGCUCAGGAUGACGAUGAGUGACACGAAAGGUAAAAAGUUAACUUGCAUCAGCUUCGGCUUCAAGAUUGCGUUACGGGCUUCAGUCUCGGAUAUUUAGAAACCGAGCCCCACACAGCAACACUUAGUGUUCAGAAUGUGUGUAUGUGCGUAUUUUCCGUUGUGCAGUCUCUUUCGAGACAUUGUGUCUAUCUACUUAGGAUUCUGACCCAAACUGUCUGUCUCUGUGUGUGGAGAAUAAAACUUGUUUGUUGAAGAUGUGAACUCCUCUCUUUCUCUAAAAACCAUAGUCUUUGUUUAA